CUUUCUAAACAAGGUUAAUGUGUGAAACUGAAGCUGUAUAGCUUUAAGUGUAACUACCUUGUUUGAAGAAAGAGAGAAAGGGAGAGAACAACCACAAUUCCAUGAAAUUAUCCCCAAGGGAGAGGUUUUGGUUUUUGUUUUUGAUGCCUUACAUCUAAAAGGUGGCACGAUGCCCGCUGCCACUGUGGAUCAUAGCCAAAGAAUAUGUGAGGUUUGGGCAAGCAACCUGGACGAGGAGCUGAAAAGGAUCCGCCAGGUGAUCAAGAAAUACAACUACAUUGCAAUGGACACAGAGUUUCCUGGUGUAGUUGCAAGACCAAUCGGAGAGUUCCGAAGCAACGCAGACUACCAGUAUCAGCUACUGCGGUGUAAUGUGGACUUACUUAAAAUAAUCCAGCUUGGCCUUACAUUCAUGAAUGAGCAGGGGGAAUACCCACCAGGGACUUCAACAUGGCAAUUCAACUUCAAGUUCAACCUCACAGAAGAUAUGUAUGCUCAGGAUUCCAUAGAACUGCUGACAACAUCCGGUAUCCAGUUUAAAAAGCACGAGGAGGAGGGGAUCGAGACACUGUACUUUGCCGAGCUCCUCAUGACCUCCGGCGUGGUGUUGUGUGAGGGGGUCAAGUGGCUGUCAUUCCAUAGUGGCUAUGACUUUGGAUAUCUGAUCAAAAUUCUGUCCAACUCCAAUUUGCCAGAGGAAGAAGUUGACUUCUUUGAGAUUCUUCGUUUAUACUUUCCUAUCAUCUAUGAUGUAAAAUACCUCAUGAAAAGCUGUAAAAACCUAAAGGGUGGUCUGCAGGAGGUGGCUGAGCAGCUGGAGUUGGAAAGGAUUGGACCACAGCAUCAAGCAGGAUCUGACUCUCUGCUCACAGGAAUGGCUUUCUUCAAAAUGAGGGAGAUGUUCUUUGAGGAUCACAUUGAUGAUGCAAAAUACUGUGGUCAUUUGUAUGGACUGGGCUCUGGUUCCUCCUACGUCCAGAACGGCACCGGGAACGCUUACGAGGAAGAGGCCGGCAAGCAGCAGUCGUGACAGGAGAACACUCAAAUCCCUCACUGCAAAGAGAAAGAGAAUUUUGUGUGCAGGGCUUUAAAAACAUGGGUUUUUACUUUUUCAUAAAAUCUUCAAUAGGAAAUUGCACUUUAAAGCUCUCAUCAGACUCUUGGUUUUUAUAUGGAACGUUAAAAUGACUUCCUCCCCUCCUUCGUUGCCUUCUCUCUGUUAACAUUUCUCACUAACAACUUCAUCUUUUUAUAGCAAAAAAAAAAGAAAAGAAGAGAAAAAAGGA